GAGAGGUGUUGAUCCUUUCCCCUCAGAACGGCAGUCUCUUCCUACAGCAGUUGCACAACUACGCCCAGACGCCUAAGGCGGAAGGUGUCACGUUGAAUACYGAAACCUGUUUGUUGAAAGCGACAGAUGUCCGUCCCACCCUAAACCAAAGUUGUCUGCCGGUGUCGUGUGACGCUUCGGGGGUAUUUUACCAGACGUCUCCGGUGGAAAUGGAAGUUGAGGUCUCCUCACAAACUGUCACGGCAACCGCCACUGAUAUGACUUUCACACCACAAGGUGGAGCUGUCGAACACAUCGAAAGACCCAAGAAUGAGGAAGGAUUCUCUACUGAUGCUCAGCAAACAUGUACUCCAUCUGUUCCCGCAGUGAAUGUCAUUGUUCCUAAUAACACMGGAAGAAGAACAAAUACGGAUGUAACUAAUGUUCCAAGGAAACCAACGGGAGUUACGAAUAUUCCAAAAAAGCAAACCCCUUCUGAAGUCAGGGAUAUUUUAGAAUCGUCCAGGAAGUCAGAAGUUACUGAUAUUCUGAAAGAGGCUAUGGAUAUAGCAAACAUUGGUGUGGAUGAAGCAAUGAUGGGUGACGGUGACACUGGCAGCGUCCCUGGAAAGGAAACUCGGGAGCUUGUUGUUCUUACUCCUUUCUGCUGGCUGGCUAAUACCUCAAUGGAUGCGUUUGCCAAAGAGUUUGAAAAGUUUGCCAAGGGUCCGGAUUCUGAUGUUGUCGUAAAGCAGGAGUCGGUGAUACCACAGACCACAGAUAAUGUCUCGCACAAAACGUUGGAGACGACAUUGUCAACGGUGACACCACAGACCACAGAUAAUGUCUUGCACAAAACGUUGGAGACGACAUUGUCAACGGUGAAACCACAGACCACAGAGAAUGUCUCGCACAAAACGUUGGAGACGACAUUGUCAACGGUGUUACCACAGACCACAGAUAAUGUCUCGCACAAAAUCUUGGAGACGUCAACGUCUCCAAAAGUCAUCCCUAAGGCCGUCACAGACCCAGUGGUCCUUGAACACACUUCAAAAGUAACCAAAGUCCAGGACACCCAACUGGACAUUAAGGGUACCUCACAAAACACGGAGCCGGAGGAUAUCCCAAUGGCCGCUGAGAGCUUCCCACAGCUCACUGAUGAGACCCGGCAGCUUGAGCACCCCCUGAAAGGCACUGUGGGUACUCCAGAGGACCCUGUGGACUCGACACAGGACAAUGACACCCCUCAGAUCACUGAAGCCCCCCCACAGAAUAAACAGGACAUAGGACAACUCCCAGAGGACACCCUGAAAGUCACUUUCACUGAAGUCACCCCACAGGCUACUGAGGACCGCACAAAAGCCACUGUGGAUUCUCCAGAGACUGUGGACACACUGCCACAGAACAUAGAGGAGGACAGCUUGGAGGUAAUUGAGGAUGCCCGGGAAGUCACUGUAGACAACCAGGAAGUCACUGUAGACAACCAGGAAGUCACUGUAGACAGCCAGGAAGUCACUGUAGAUACUUCCGAGCACAUUGAGGACGCCCUACAAAUACAAAACACUGCAGACACCCUACAGGGCACGCCACGGCUCACAGUGGACGCCCCAAUGGUCACUGAAGAGCUCACCAAGAACACACGUGGUGCCAAAAAGAACGAUGGGCACACCCUACAGGACACACCGGUCACUGAGGACACCCCAAGAGUCCGUGAAGAGACGUCACAGGAACCCAAAGACACCUCAAAGGUCAGCGGAGAUACCCCGAAGGUCUCUGAGGACAUCCUUAAAGUACAUGUGGAUACUCAGAAGGUCCCAGAGGAUACCCCACAGAACACACAAGUCAAUGAAGACACCCCAAUGGUUACUGAAGACACCCUACAACACAGUGAAGACACCCCACAGGACUUCUCAAUGGUCACUGAAGACACCCCACAGGACACACAGUACAAUUCACCGGUCAACCCGAAAGCCACUGAAAGUGCUCACACUCCAAAGGUCACCCCACGAGUCCCUGAAGACACGUCACAGGACCCCAAAGACGCCUCAAAAGUCACUGAAAACUCUCCACAGAAAACACAGGACACCCCAAAAUUCACUAAGGACACCCCAACUGUCKCUGGGGAUAUCGGACAAAAUCCCGGAGAUGGCACUCCACAGGAACAUGAGAACAACACACUGGCAUAUCGCUGUAGUCUCUGCAACAAGGUUUUCAAAGGCAAACGUGUUAUAGCCCACGCCAUGUACCACUUCCGCAGGGACCAAUGUAUGUUCUGUAGGAUGCUGUUCAAAAACGACCUGCUCGCCAUGAUGCAUCUAUCCCAACACAUCGACAAGUUGAAAAAAGGAAACCUGCCGCCUGAUAUUGAGGAKGUUCGUGAGAACUGUAAAGCUGGGAUGWYAGACACGCCUGGACGCWCRACGCAGAGGGGGAGACGGGGACGCAAGAGGAKCCCUGUAAACUCCACAGAGUCAACUCCUCCGGAUUACAGGAAGCUACGGUCGACCAAUAGGAUCUCCUCUAUAAACUCCUCAGAGUCAACUCCACCGGAUCGCAGGAAGCUACGGUCUAACCCUAAGCUACUGUCGACCAAUAGGCUCUCAACUGACUCUCAACCUUCACCAGAGACUAAACUCGCAACGGAAGAGUCUGAAGGCAAGCAGUCGACGCAGAGGGUCAAUGGACAGAGGGGCAGAAGACGAGGUAAGGUUGAAGGAACUGAGGGUGAUGGUGAUGCUCGGGCAGAGGAACAAGAAAAGAUCAGUAGGAGGCAAGAGGAGGAGCACUCGGCUCCGGAACAGAGGGAGGAACCCGUGGCGAUCUCUACUUCUCCGGCGACGACAUCGACAGGUGAACAAGGGRRAACCUACUCCUCUCCUCUGAYGAAGACUUUGGAAGAAGAGGAGAAACCCUGUUCCUCGGCAAAGACCAUGGAGGACAACGCAGAAUCUCAGGCUGUAUCGGUAAMACAGGACAGGCUUUCAGUUUCCCCUCUAGAGACCUCCGUUCAGGGUAAAGAGACUCCCGGCAGCUGCCCUGUGGACGGAUGCACAGAGAUAUUCACUGGAAAACGGCGUUCUCUCCUCGGACAUAUUCUGGACGAUCACCGCGGCGACGCCAAACCCUUGGAAACGACGUUCCGUCACGGGAAUGGAAAAUGCAAUAUUUGCAAGAAGCCUGUUUUGACUUUGCAGCAUUACCAGCACCACAUUGUAUGGCACAGAGGAUAUCCCAGGCAUCCCUGUCUACAUGAUGGGUGUAAAGCCCGGUUCAGUGCAGUGACAGAAAUGAGGAACCACGCGAAGACCCACCAGCCCCUCCUGGCAGUGUGCUGUUUCCCAGGUUGUCAGGAGCGCUUGGCUUGUCUUCCGGAGCUGAACCGCCACGAACAAGAACACUAUCGUCUUCCGAAGGAAGGGAAGGAUGAAUCUGUUUUCGCUACCCUUGUCACCAAUACCACCUCUGUAAAAGGGAUUAAACGGUGUAAGACGAAGAGGAAUAACCUACAGGGUGUAAAGAAACUAUGGCCUCUUGGAGAAAAGGAGGGAUUAUCAACUGACCUCACUACUACCGUAAAGGUAACCAGGAAGUAUGACUUGACCAAGACGUUGAAGAAAACACAGGUUAUAAAGAAACGGAAUGUUUAUAGAGACAAGGACCCUCGUACUACUGACCUCACUACCGUCUCUGUAAAAGUAACAAAUAAGUUGAAGAAAUUGCAGGUUAAGAGGAAACCGUGUGUUGGUAAGAAAAUGGACGCUCCAACCACUCCAGUCACCACGGCCAAUGAAAAAGCUGAAAAAGUGAGCAAGAAGUUAAAGAUGAUUCAUAAGGUAAAGAAAGCGUGGGCUGUAAAGAGACAGAACGUUAGCAAAGACAAUUAUACCCCAACUGGUCCGACCACCUCCGCCACAAUUACCGCCACUGAAAAAGUUACCAAAAAGCUAACAUUUCUAAAUAAGUUGAAGAAAAUGCUUGUUAUUCAGAAACCGAACGUUAGCAACGAAAAGGAUACUCAACCUGGUCCAGCCACCGACACAAAAGUGACAAAAAAAUCUAAGGUGGCAAAUAAGUUAAAGMAAACACAACUUGUAAAGRAACCGAGYGUUGGAAAAGACCCCAGGAAGAUGUCAGUCGUUAGCACAGACGAGGAUACCCAACCUGUCCCUCCYACCGUCGCUCCAAAAGCCACCGAGGAGUUACCCAUGGCGACAGAGAAGGUGAAGGAACAAAGAGUUCUAAAGGAACAAAGAGUUCUAAAGGAACAAAGAGUUCUAAAGGAACAAAGAGUUCUAAAGGAACCCAAGAAGACAUCAAAAAAGCCCGUGAAGUCAAAGACCUCUGGUCCAGAGAAAGAUGUUAAUAAAGUCACAGACGUGCUAGGAAGUGAAGACAAAGAAGUGGUAGGAAGUAAAUCAAAGGAAGAAGAUAAUAAACCAUCGGUAGAAACAUCAGACUCGACAGCUAACGGUGUCUGUGACCAGAAGAUGGUUAACGGACACUUAAAGGACAUCACUAAAGAAUCACCGAAAUACCAGAAAAGUCUUAAAACAAGCACAGUUUCCAAAUCAAAGAAAUGCGAACCACGAAACCAUAAACCUGCUACUCCAAACCCCUACAAAUACUCCAAACCCCCCUACAAAAUACUCCCAAACCCCCUACAAAUACUCCCAAACCCCUAGAAAUACUCCCAAACCCCUAUCAAGGAGGAAGCGAAAAACUCUACAUUCUUUGGGAAGAUUAACAACAAGGCCAUACAUCCGUCCUCGCCCACGGCCUACCUAGACGAGAGGUACACCACCAUGCCAAAACGCAGGAAAGAGAUGUCCUGGACCACUCGUUCUCUCCAAUGCGCCCGGACCUGGUGGUGGAGGCAUCGGGGACCACGGCUACACCGUUGGUCUGUAGGAGGCGCUGUGCCAAGUGUUUCUUGUCCUUCGACAGCGGAGAAGAGUUGCAGACGCACCUCUCGCUGAAGAAAUGCACAACCCUUUUUGGUUUCGACUCGGACGAGGGGAGUAGCUGGUGAAGCUGAUGGACAGGAGGACGUGAUUGGAUGUGCUGCUAGGGAAGGGGGGUGUGGGGGUGUUGAACCCCCUCCAACAACCUGCUAGGAAUGUUGAUCCCUUUCGACCCUGCUCCUUACUGAGGGACGACCAGGGUCCCUUUCGACCCUGCUACCUUACUGAGGGACGACCAGGGUUUACAGGACUCUUAACAUACUGAAGCUGGCUAGUUGGGACAGCCAUGCCAGGCCUCCUCUUGUGACUGAAGCUGGCUAGUCUGGGACAGCCAUGCCAGGCCUCCUCUUGUGACUGAAGCUGGCUAGUCUGGGACAGC